AUGGCUGAUCCAGAUUCGCCUUCAAAUCAUAUGUCUUCAAUUGUUGAUGUACAACAGUCAUCAUCGAACCAACAAGAGCCAACUGCGAACGAAUGGCCAUGGGCUACUGACGAUCAUCCGCAACAAAAUGCAAUCGAUUCCAGUGGUUUAAUGCAUUUAAUUGCUACAGGUGGUGGUGCAACUGUAGAUACUAAUCCGAAUGAUGAAUCAGUCGGUGUUCUUCCAACUGAUGAACAAAUUCACGACGAACAACAAGUUACUGCUCACGAUCAAACACUCGAUGAAGAUAUUCCGGAUGAUCAACCAUCUCAAUUACCUCUUGUUACCGUACCUUCUUCGUCUUCUGUUCCAAUGGAUACAGAUCCUCAACUAACACCAGUAGAUAUUGAUCAAUCUCAAUCCCAACAAACACAACAACAACAACAACAACAGCAGCAGAAAGAUCAAUCACAAACAGCGGUGAAGACACAACAUGAUAUAGCUGAAAUUCAUCGUGAUAUGCUAACAUUGAUUCCUAUUCCACAAGCAUGGUCUCAUAUACGACAUCAGUCUGGUCUUUUCUCAUAUCCUGAUCUGCCGCAUUUUAACGUCAUACGACAAGCAACAUUUCGUGAAGGACGUUUCGUUUGUCCAUUUUGUACAGUUGAUUUUGCUUCGAAAGAAGGCAUACGUUAUCAUUUAUACAAUUCAUGUACGAAAUCUCCUUAUCCGAAAGCAUUUUUUCGUUGUCUUAUGUGUGGAAGUGAAUUAGCUGAUCGAAGUUCGUUGCGGACACAUUUAGCUCGACAUGGUACAGAAGAAGGUAGCGCUGUAAAUGUAGAUAAAAUAGACGUUUCGCGCAAACCUGCCGCUACAACAUCCAGUGGAACACCGAACUCAAAAAAGAAGAAGAAAAAGAAGAAUUCCAAUGAUUUAACACCACCAGCACCUCAAAUGAUGAAUCAAAUGAUAACGAUGACGUCAGGCGUUUCACCCCGAGCACUCGACACGUACAAUAUUCCACCGACGAUGUUAAGUCAACAUAUGUCAUUACCAAUUAUCAAAUCUGAUCAGAAUGAUAAUGAUCCUAAGCGUAAACGUGGUCGACCACCGAAAACGAAAUCUUCCGACGGGCCAGCAACACCCCUUGGCAACUAUGUCAAACACCCGUUAAUCAAUCCAGCAGGUGUGGCAUUAACUCCGACCAUGACUAGUCCAGUUGUUCUUAACGAUCAAAUGAUAAAAAAUGAUCCAAACAAAAAUGUUGCUAUAUCAGCGCCACGUAGUGUGGAUAUCAGUAGUGAAUUGGCUGAACUUGCUCGUUCGAGAAUGAGAGAGCAUAUCGAAUUCGCUACUGAUUCUUUGUUGCCUGAGCAAGAACAAGAAAUCAAUACACGCUUACGUACGGAAGGUGUCGUUCAAUGUCAUCGAUGUCGAGGAAAAACACAGUUCACAGCAUUGAAAAAAUUAAAAGAACAUUUGAAAACGGAUUGUCCGCUAGGACCUGUUAUGGCAAUUUGUAAAUUUUGUGGCAUUCCAUUUUCAUCGGUGAGCAGUGUGUGCGAUCAUCUAGAACUUUAUCAUGAUGAUUCCCACGAUAUAUGCCCAGAGGAUCCUUGUCGCAUCAAUGAUCGAGCCUUUCGUGCUGCUUUUGGUAGAUACAAAUUUCCACCGAAUGGUCGUAUACCAUUUUCAGCACCAUCGACUAUCAUCGGACAACUUAUACCUGAAAAUGAGUCAGCUGCUUGCCUAAGUAAUGGUGCUAGUUGUUUACGUGUUCGAAUGCUCUCCUGCGAUCGAUUUCUUAAUCCGUUGGAUAGUUUUGCUGCAUCGCAUGUUAUUGUCCUCAACGUUGGCCGUCCUAUUCGUUGUAUUGAAUGGCUACCGCGCAGUGUCGAUGUUAUCGGUAGUCAAUAUGUCGCACUCGCACUUGAACAAUGGUCCUAUGAUGCGAACAAUCAAUUACACGGAAAUUAUGCUAAUGCUGAUCGUCGUUCUCCACCAGGUUCAACUUUACUUUUAAUACUUAAUUGCGGCCGGUUAAGACAAAGUCUACACGUGCCUAAUCUUCACGUAACUGUCGCUGCUGAUUUCGGUCAAGUGACAUGUUUGAAAUGGUUACCCGAUCGACCAUCUGUGAAUGAUCCAUAUUUAAGUUAUCUAGCAAUCGGUACGAGUCAAGGAAUUGUCUUAAUAUUUGGUGUUCCUCAUGGUGCAUCGAGAAAUCUAUGUACCAUCAGUAGUGGAGCUCAACUGGUUCCACCAUUGAAUCGUCGUAAAGACGGUAGCAUUGGUUGUGCCGAAUAUGGUUCAUGUACAGCGUUAGAUUGGUGUCAUGAAAAUCCGAACAAGCUAUGUGCCGGAUACGAAAAUGGAAUUGUUCUCAUGUGGGAAUUAAAUUCGAAAUCCUUAGUUGAACAAACAACUAAUUGCUCAUUGAUUUAUCCUGUGAGAAGAUUCUUCAUAGAAGAUACUCAUAUACAAGAUGUGAAAUUCUUAAGAAAUUCGGAACAUUUAAUUGCAAUUAGUUUGAAAAACAAACAAUCUUGGACAGUAUGGACAACUCGAGAUGAGAAUAUUUUCUGCUAUCGUCAUUGGUCGAAUGCAAGUGAAUUUGCAUCAUCAAUAUUUCACGAUACACUAUAUGCUGGCUGUGCACAUGCCAAUAAUCAAAAUGAAUUACUUUCGGUGCCGACUCAUUCAAUUUUAUUACCGGGUCAGAAUAUUCCUAAUCAUAUGCCAACAUCCAUGUUAUCAGCAUGGCAAAUUGUUAGUUUGGAUUACUCCGAAUGGAUCGAUUCAGUUGGUUAUGCUGAUCUCGAUGGCACGGUUUGGAUUUCACGUGGAGAUCCAACGACAUGGCCUCAGAGUAAUCCGAAAUUUCGACCUAGCGCUUGCGUAGCGAAAUUAUCCACGUAUUUAACUGGUCCUGGCACCGGCCAGCCAGGAGAUCCUUCUAUGCAACAAUACAACCAAAGUCCUACUGGUCAAUAUUGUGUUCAAAUUGCUAUUGAAAGAACGGAAUACGCAAGUAGUAAUGUAGAUACUCAACAUGAUGAAACUCACAAAGUGCAUACAUAUCGCAAAAUUCGCUUUAAUCCUAAUCCAGGCACUCAUGGUUGGAUCGCUUCCGCUGACAAAGUCGGUCUCUUUCUUUUAUUUCGUUUAUCCACAUCAGAUUCAACACUGUCGGAAAAAUUAACUCAACGUCUUCAACGUGUGCAAGUUUUGUGA